UUCCUGUGAGCAGUGUUUCUAUCUAUGAUUACAAACCAUCCCCAGAAACAGGAGUGUUGUUUGAAAUUCAGUACCCAGAGAAGUACAAUGUUUUUACCAGGGUAAAUAUAAGCUAUUGGGAAGGAAAAGACUACCGAACAAUGCUGUACAAAGAUUUCUUUAAAGGUAAAACAGUUUUCAAUCACUGGCUACCAGGUAUAUGCUACAGUAACAUCACAUUUCAGUUGGUAUCAGAAGCAACCUUCAACAAAAGCACGCUAGUGGAAUACAGCGGGGUCCAGCAUGAGCCCAAACAGCACAGAACAGUUCCUUACCCACCUCGAAACAUUUCUGUUCAGAUUGUACCAAUCAACAGAAACACCUGGGAAGAGCACAGUGGGAAUUUUGCAGAAGAAUCAUUCAUGGGACCACAAGAAAUCAUAAGGAAAGAAAAACUUAGACAUUUUUCUGACAAUCCACCUGAAAUUCCAGCAGUCAACACAUCUGCUGCCUGGCCAGACUACCGCUAUAACAGCACCGAGUAUGAAACCACGUCACAGCCGUACUGGUGGUCUAACGAAGCUGAGUCAUCAGAAGGUGAAGAGGAGUUUGUCAAUGUGGUUUCCAGUGAUUAUGAGACCAAUGACGUCAACACAUCUGGAAAACUCACGCCAGAGCCCCCUUCCUUCCUUCCUGUACAAAUGGUGCUGACCUGGUUACCACCAAAGCCACCUACUGCGUUUGAUGGUUUCCAUAUCAAUAUUGAAAGGGAAGAGAACUCCACGGAAUUUUUGACAGUAAGUGAGGACACUCACAAAUUUGUUGCUGAACUGAAAGAACCAGGAAAAUACAAGUUGUCUGUAACAACAUUUAGCUCUUCUGGCUCUUGUGAAGUUCGGGGAAGUCAAUCAGCAAAAACACUUAGCUUCUACAUCAGCCCCACAGGUGAAUGGAUAGAAGAGCUCACUGAAAAGCCCCAGCACGUGACCGUGACGGUGCUAAGCUCCACGACUGCCCUGACAUCCUGGACAGCAUCACAAGAGAGCGGCGGCAACAGCACCAUCGUGUCUGUGGUCUCCCUGACCUGUCAGAAGCAAAAGGAAAGUCAAAGGCUUGAAAAACACUACUGCACUGAGGUAAAUUCAAGCAGCAACCUCAUUGAAAAUCUUGUUCCUGGUGCCCAGUACCAAGUUGUGGUUUACUUACGGAAAGGACCGUUGGUUGGACCGCCUUCUGAUCCUGUUACAUUUUCCAUUGUGCCCACUGGAAUAAAGGAUCUGACGCUUUACCCUUUGGGACCUACUGCUGUGGUUUUGAGCUGGAACAGACCUUUCCUUGGGGUGUUUAGGAAAUAUGUUGUAGAAAUGUUUUACUUCAACCCAUCAACGAUGACCUCCGAGUGGACAACCUACUAUGAAAUAGCAGCAACCGUCUCCUUAACUGCCUCCGUGAGAAUAACUAACCUGCUGCCUGCUUGGUAUUACAAUUUCCGGGUCACCAUGGUGACUUGGGGGGACCCAGAGCUGAGCUGCUGUGACAGCUCCACCAUCAGCUUCAUAACAGCACCCGUGGCACCCGAGAUUACCUCCAUAGAAUACUACAACCACCUUUUGUACAUCACCUGGACCUAUGGAGGAGAUGGUACUGACCUUUCUCAUUCCAGGAUGCUGCAUUGGAUGGUUAUUGCAGAAGGAAAGAAAAAAAUCAAGAAGAGUGUAACACGCAAUGUGAUGACUGCAGUGUUGAGCUUGCCUCCGGGGGACAUUUACAACCUUUCAGUGACUGCUUGUACUGAAAGAGGCAGCAAUACUUCCCUGCCCCAGCUUGUGAAAUUGGAACCAGCCCCUCCAAAAUCACUGUUUGCUGUCAACAAGACUCAGACCUCUGUGACUCUGCUGUGGGUGGAAGAAGGAGUGGCCGAUUUCUUUGAAGUCUACUGCCAGCAGGCUGGAUCUGGUCAGGAAACAAAAGUUCAGGAACCUAUCACUGUCUCUUCACAUGUGGUGACCAUUUCCAGCCUAACCCCUGCCACUUCCUACAACUGCAGUGUGACCACCUUUAGCCACAACAGCCCCAGCAUCCCCACUUUCAUUGCAGUUUCCACCAUGGUCACCGAGAUGAAUCCCAACGUAGUGGUAAUCUCCGUGUUAGCCAUCCUAAGUAUCCUUCUGAUUGGACUGCUGCUGGUGACUCUUGUUGUACUCAGGAGGAAACAUCUACAAAUGGCCAGGGAGUGCGGAGCUGGAACCUUUGUCAAUUUUGCAUCUUUAGAGAGAGAUGGAAAACUUCCCUAUAAUUGGCGUAGAAGUGUAUUUGCUUUCCUAACUCUGCUACCCUCAUGCCUUUGGACUGAUUAUCUUUUGGCAUUUUAUGUUAAUCCUUGGAGUAAAAAUGGAUUAAAGAAGAGAAAGCUGACCAACCCUGUCCAGUUGGAUGAUUUUGAUGGCUACAUCAAGGAUAUGGCCAAAGAUUCAGAUUAUAAAUUUUCUCUCCAAUUUGAGGAGCUAAAACUGAUUGGGCUUGACAUACCCCACUUUGCUGCUGAUCUUCCCAUGAAUCGCUGUAAAAAUCGCUACACAAAUAUACUGCCAUAUGAUUUUAGUCGUGUCCGGUUAGUUUCAAUGAAUGAAGAAGAGGGGUCUGACUACAUUAACGCCAACUACAUUCCUGGUUAUAAUUCACCCCAGGAAUACAUUGCAACCCAAGGACCACUGCCAGAAACUAGGAAUGAUUUUUGGAAGAUGGUUCUCCAGCAAAAAUCUCAAAUUAUUGUUAUGCUUACUCAGUGUAAUGAGAAAAGAAGGGUGAAAUGUGAUCAUUACUGGCCUUUUACAGAAGAUCCUGUUGCAUAUGGGGACAUCACAGUGGAGAUGCUGUCUGAGGAGGAGCACACAGACUGGGUUUAUAGGAAUUUCCGAAUUAGCUAUGCUGACGAGGUGCAAGACGUGAUGCAUUUUAACUACACCGCCUGGCCGGAUCACGGUGUCCCCACGACCAACGCUGCUGAAAGCAUCCUCCAGUUUGUACAGAUGGUCAGGCAGAAAUCAGCGAAGAGUAAAGGCCCCAUCGUCAUACACUGCAGUGCUGGAGUGGGACGAACGGGAACCUUCAUUGCCCUGGAUCGGCUCUUACAACACAUCCGUGAUCACGAGUUCGUAGAUAUAUUGGGGCUGGUGUCUGACAUGAGGUCCUAUAGAAUGUCCAUGGUGCAGACAGAGGAACAAUACAUUUUUAUUCACCAGUGUGUGCAACUGAUGUGGCAAAAGAAGAAACAGCAGUUCUGCAUCAGCGAUGUCAUAUACGAGAACGUCAGCAAGUCCUAGUUCCGAGUCACAGGUGGUGAGACCAUGAAGCACACCCAUCUUCCCUUGCUUCUGACUUUUUUUUUAUUUGAUGGUUUGAACGGCCAGUUGUUCUGCCACAAGAACUGCUUUGCAGUACACGGAGAAUGAAAGAGAGAAACUUUUAACUUUCUGAAGCACUGGGGAGACAAAGCCUUAACAAGCCUGCGGUGUCUUUUGAACUGUUUAAUUUCUGGACAUUUUUUUAAAAUACCGGACCAAAUUAAACUAAACAACAUGAAGGAAAAGACACUAUAUGUGCAUAAAAUAGAUUGCUCCAGAGUGUUGGGUUUUUGUUUGGUACUUUUUUUUUUUUUCCUGUGCAGGUUGGGCUUAAGGUUAAAGUAAGUGCAAUAUUUUUUUAAUAGUUGACUGAAGAACUUUCUUCAUGUGUCACUGGUCUGUGCUAACAUCCAUAGGAGAGCAGGCAUUGUUAGUAUCUAAUAAUACCUCAUUAGUGAAUAGCGAGGCAUGAACAUACAUGAAGAAAUCUGGAGAUUGUGAA